CAUUCUGUCAUCUAACGAUCGAUGACGUAAUAUUUCUUUCGUGCUUAAAUUAUGACUGGGUAUUAAUAACUCAAAGAAAAGGAGGGGAAAAAGCCUGUAUUUUCUAAUGGCGGAUUCCAGGGAUUUUUAUUCCACAUAAACUAUAAUCAUUACCAUUAAUUAAAAUUCCCCGAACGAGGUCAUCCAGCGUACUGAAUUUUGCAGUAAUAAAAUAUUCAAAGUGUGUGGUAGAUACGCUUCAGUGGUUGACGUUAACUUCACAUCGAUCGUUCGUUCGAUCAUAAACUGUCACCAACCGCGGAGUUCACGAUCGAUCCCUCCCUGCACCUCGUGUACUUUAAAUACAACAUCCGAAAUCGCUUUCGGAAAAUUCGAUAUAAAAAUUUCCAAUGUGAAUGAUGACAAACUCGUUCUAAAUGUCGUCACAUACACGAUGAGCCAAUCGAACAAUUUCGCCCAUCCACGAAAAAAACCUGCAAAGUGCUCUCCGACUACUACUUCGCAUCACAAGCUAAAACGAAUUCCCUCGACCGCAACUUACAUAGUCGACGACGAUGAAUGUAUAGAUCGACUGCAGAGUGCGUCGUUAGAAAACGCAAGUAUCCUGGCGUCUAGGGAUCGUCAGAAAGACAUUAAUCAUAUCAACAGAAGAAUCGAUAGAACGACCUCCAACACAGCAUUCAGUGGCAGAAAAUUUUGGAAUUGUCACGCUAGACCAACGAACAUCUACGUACCGGAAAACUCCGUAAUUCAAGAAGAGAGCGAAUUCAUCGAUACAUUAACGAAGCAGUUAUACAAGGUCGAAAAUCAGGUGCAGAAGGUGCAGUCUAACUUAAAGAGAAGCGAAGAGCAAAUAAAGUUAAAGGACCAGGAAAUUUCCCGAUUGAAACGGAAGGUCAAGGAGUGGGAGACAAAGAGCAAGAAUCAAGAAACACUACGAAAGAAGGAACAGCAGCAGCGGCGCGUGCAAGCCGAUCAUUCGGAAUAUCUCUACAGAAGAUGUUUAAUGCUCGAACAAAGAAUUUACGAGAUGGAGAAAUUCUUGGCCGAUUAUGGUCUGGUCUGGGUCGGCAAUACAAACGGUUCGAAGCAUCCUGAAACGAUAGCCAACAACACCAUCGAGACUUGUUACGAGCAGAUUAUCGCGAAUAUUGACCAGCUGAACCUGGCCGCUGGGAAGGGUGAAGUUCACGUGCAGCAUAACGAAAGAGGAAACGGGGCCACCUUCAAAACCGCAUCUUGCAUGUCAUUAAAAUUCUACAAAAAUGGAAUGAUAGUUCAAGAUGGCCCAUUACGAUCCUACAACGAUCCAACCGCGAUAUCGUUUCUACGAGAUAUCUUGGACGGCUAUUUCCCUUCUGAGUUGCAAGAAACUUAUCCAGAGGGUGUACCAUUCAAGGUAGAGGAUCAGAGAAAUCAAGUAUUCUUGAACUCCGAUUUUCCUGGCCAAGGUUAUCGAUUGGGAAAAGAAUUGGCUGAUAAUACAUCGAUGUCGUCUAGACCUUCCACUCGUAGAUUUCCUAAUAAUCAGAAGUCGGCUCGUCGUGGUACCUUUACGAGAGAGAAGGAUAGUCUAUAUAAUUUUGAUCUUUUUAGGGAACUGACGCCUGCCACAGCAAGAUCCAUGAAACCAAAAACUCCCUCAGAAGCUCCUCCCUUAGAGAUGUAUGUUCUUCGUUCCCAAAUAUUGGCAUCUCACAACAAUAUUUGCUCCGACACUCAUUUACAGUCGCACAUUAACGCGGAGCUCGGUUUGGGCGAAAAGAAAUCGACUCGAAGAGAAAAACGUGACACGUCUAAAAAUGGAGACUUCGAUACCUCGGCUCGGGAGAUCCCUUUAAAAUCCAAAGGUAUUAUGAGAUUUCCAAGCUCUGGUAGAUGUUAUCACAGUUCCACCGAUAGAGCGUCUAAAUUAUCGCCAAAUCGAUUGGAUAACGCGGAUGAGAUUCUCAGGCAACGAUCAAGAUCCGCCAGCCUACCAAACUCCCGAUUUUCCAUUACGUCAAGGUCAGUACCGAAGGUGAACGCCGAUACUUCGCAAUUUUCGCUUUCUCAAGUGCAUCAGCAAAGUACGGCUAGAAAAAAUCAACGUGCUCCAAGGUCUGCUGCACCAGUUAGGAAGAAUGCAGGAAGGAAUGCACCUCCUAUUCUGCAUCAGAUCAAUGAACCGUCUGGAAAACCAGGCGAAUUCCGAUUGAAAGUCAGGUCUUUGAACGGCGGUACUGUUUAUCUGGUACACGUGUCUGCCGACGAACCGAUAGCUCGACUUUAUCAAUUGUUAGAUAGAACCAUGGCAAGAACUGUCCCUCGAGGAUAUAAAAUUGUUCUCAGCGGUUAUUCACCGAGAAGAUUGGAUCAUCUAGGGACAACUUUAAGGGAAAUCGGCAUCACUAGAGACAGCGUUUUGCAUUUAGUGAACGAUUGAAUUUGCAACUUUUAUAUUUGUAUCGUUUAAAAGGAAAAAAUAUUGUAAAAAUAUUAAGUUUGUAGAAAAUAUAAUGUAGGAAAAUCGA